AUGGAGUGGCCAUCAAACAUCACCCCGACCAGCACGAUCCUUCCCGGCUCCACGAAGGCAACAGUACUUGACAACGGCAGCACGAUGAAGGGAGAGUCCUCCUCUGGCAAGACCAGCAUGAGCGAGAAGGUCCGGGCGAAAAUCUCGAAGUUGAGGAAGAAACCGCAUGUUAGUAAUGAGCAGAAGUUGCAGGCGAAGAUUGAUAGCUUGAAUUCGGAGGCUGGGGAGCUGAAUGGAGAAUGUGCUCGUCUUCGAGAGAAAGCCACCUCCUUCACCACCCGCGCCGAAACCACGCCCGCACCAGCCGAAGCUCCCCCCAAACGCGACGCUCUCUUCGAACGCAACUCCACCGCUCCACCAGGUCAAUACGACGCCCAACUCAAAGCCCGUAACCUCCUGUUGGGCGACUGGCUCCUGUUUGAGAAGGAUGUGAGAGCGUACUCGAAGAAGCUGGAUCGAUUUGAGGGGACUGUCGAAGGGUUGAGGAAAGAUCAUGUCAAGCCGGGACAGGCGAUGGGGAAGAUGGAACAUCACUUUGAAGGGUUGGAGAAUGCAGUGUUUAAUUUGAAGGAGCAGCGCACUGAGCUUAAGAAGGCAGUUGCGGGUGUGCCUUUGCCGGUUAGUCAGGAGGUUAUUAGGGAGGAUGGGAAGGAUAAGGAUCGAUAUCCGCAUGCUUUGCCGCCGAAGUAA